GUCCAUCAUGGAGGAUGAUGUGGAUGUUGAUAUCGAAGGAGACGAAUUUGAAAGUAAUUUUAGAGAGCUGGACACAGGAGGUUUAGUCCAGGAGCAGUUCAUCCAGUCUGCUGGGAAAAGCAGCUCCUGGAUGCUGCCUUGGGAGCUGGACAGCUCCAUCAGCCCUGAGAACCGAGAGGUGAUCGAGAGGAUGCUGCUGGAGGAACAAUAUUAUUUGACAGGAAAGGGAAUUCCUGACAACAUUUUGCACACUGAUUCCAACAAAAAGCCCAAAGUGAAGAAGGCUCCUUCCAAGAGCUUAACUUCAGCAUCUGCUUCAUUGUCUCGCUGGUCCAAACAGGAGAAAAAACUCUUUGAGGAAGGACUGACCCAGUUUGGCCGAAGAUGGACCAAGAUUGCCAAGCUGGUGGGCACUCGUAGUCUUCUUCAGGUGAAGAGUUAUGCCAGGCAGUAUUUCAAACACAAGGAAAAGUCAGGGUCCAACGCUGCAGCUCCCUCUACCAGUCCUGAGUUUCACCCGCAGCCUCCUCAGCCCAUUCCGAGCAGUGUGUCCUCUCUGGCCAAUGCUGUCCGCAUUGAAAGACUUUCUGAUGAUGAGGAUGUAGACAUCACUGAUGACCUGAAUGAGGAUGAAAGAGCAGACACCAAAACUGAAGUCUGUGGGCCAGAGCAGCAGAAAGGGACUGAGUGUCAACCAGAAAGUCCCAGAGAAGAGCAAACAGAAGUGAGUCUGACUGGGGCUGAGUGCAGCCACGAGACCGAGGACCAACUCUAUAACAGCUCACCUUCUCUGCAAAGUCCUCAAAGCUCGCCUCCCCUCGUUUGCACUGAGGAACAUGGAACAAGUGAUAAACAUGAGAAAGUUGUAAAGACGGGAAAUUCUGAAGAGCAAAAGACUGAUGCAGAAGGAGGUCAAAACUCUCAGUGUGACAUUUCAGCACAAACUGAUCCAUCAGGUGAAGCUCAUUGUGACACCACAGAAUAUGUUUAUAAGACUGAGGAUCACAGACUAAAUAUGAAUGAAGAGGAGGAUGAAGAAGAGGAGGAGCUCAAGGCCCCUGAGCAGGAAAUAAUGAUGGACACAGAAACAAUCGCUGAGGAGGAGAAACAAGCCAUACCUGAGUUCUUUGAGGGACGACCAUCAAAAACCCCAGAAAGAUAUCUGAAGAUUAGAAACUACAUCCUGGACCAGUGGCUGAAGAGCAAACCCAAGUAUCUGAACAAGACAUCGGUGCGCCCGGGUCUGAAGAACUGUGGAGACGUUAACUGCAUUGGCAGAAUACACACCUACCUGGAGCUCAUUGGAGCCAUCAACUUCAACUGUGAACAAGCUGUGUAUAAUCGCCCAAAAGUGGUGGACCGUUCUAAACAAAAGGAGGGCAAAGAUGUGCUGGAGGCCUAUCAGCUUGCUCAGAGACUGCAGAGCAUGCGAACCAGGAAGAGGCGAGUGCGAGACAUUUGGGGGAACUGGUGUGACGCCAAAGAUCUGGAAGGGCAGACGUAUGAGCAUCUCAGCGCUGAGGAGCUGGCUUUGAGGAGGGAGGAGAUGAAGAAGCAGCCUAAACCCUGCAAAAUGUCCAGAUACCGGGAGUCUUUUGAUCCGUUUCAGCUGAUUCCCUGUAGGUCUUUUGAAGAAAUUGUACAGGAGCCAUUCCAGGUUGUUGUGUGUGCAGAGACUCUUCUCAUCAUGGAUAUGCAUGCCCACGUAUCACGAGGGGAAGUCAUUGGUCUGCUAGGUGGAACAUUCAGUGAAGAAGCAAAAGUACUGAAGGUCUGUGCAGCAGAGCCGUGCAACAGUGUGAGCACAGGUAUGCAGUGUGAGAUGGACCCAGUGUCUCAGACACAAGCCUGUGACGUGCUAGUGUCCCUGGGCCUCAAUGUGGUGGGCUGGUACCACUCCCACCCCUCCUUUCACCCAAACCCGUCAGUGCGAGACAUAAACACGCAGGACCAGUUUCAGAGUUAUUUCUCUCGAGGUGGAGCUCCAUUUAUUGGGAUGAUAGUGAGCCCAUAUGACCCAGCCAACCCCUCCCCAUACUCACAAAUUACCUGCUUGUUGGUUAAAGAGAGCCCGGAGCCCUCAAGUCCCAACAAGCUGCCUUACAGAUUUAACUUCCUGACGUCACAUGACAUCCCCGACUGGGAUCAAACCAUGAGGAGGGCUCAGUGGAUUGUACAGAAAUAUGCUCAAGCUCUCGGGAGUGUGCACAUGGACAGAUUAUUUCGGAGAGACUCCAGUCUCACCUGCCUGGAGAAGAUGCUGGUGUCUCUGGCAAGUUACUUGGAGCCGCUUCCAGAUGGGGAGGGAGAGUUGUUCCUCACUCAGAUCCAGUCUCUUUUCUGGUCCGACUUUAUUUCCAAGCAGCAGUUCUCAGAUACAGAAGAAGAAAAAACAAUUUCAUCCAAGUCAGUGGAUUUAGAUGACUCUGCUCAUGGUCAGCUGAUCUGCCAGGAUGGACACCAGAAAGGAGGGGGCGUUCCUGAGACUGACAGCAGCUCAGUGUUGCAUUUAGGGUCAGUGUUGUCAACGGAGCACGACUAUUUACUGUGAAGAACUAUCUGGUAACUAAACUUGUUCUAGACCACAAAGUUAUAAGAGUUUUGAAAAUACAGUGAGGUUUUGUAUCAGUAUUAUUAACCCACACAUUUAGUUUUAAAUUA